CAGCAAGGAAUAGAAAUGCUGGACGCGAUUCUUCAUCUCGGUUACGUGAGUUCUUACGAUCUAACCUGAUAUAAUAAUGUGCUAUAUGAAAGUAAAAAAGCAGUUCAGGAUAUUCCUUUUCGCGAAAGUGCUAUGUAACAAUUAGGAGUUAAUCUAGCUGUAUGUUUGAACCAACAGUGGACAACGAUCCCCAUUUCGUAGUCCACGUGAACGGACUGCACUUGCCCCUUUGCUUCAAUCUCCAUGCCUCUGAUGGGGCUUCUCUUAGUCUUAUUCAGGACACGGAAUCUGGCAUAAAGGUGAAUGGCCAGGUGUCAGCAGCGAAGGAUAACCCCAGCCUGACGUAUUUCACAACACUGUUCCUGAGUCUUGGUCACCUCAACGUAACUGUUACGCAAGAUUUUAUUCACAUUGACUGUCUCAGUGACGACGGAACGCAGACGGUAAGUCCACCUGGAUAUUACUUGAACGGAAAUGAGAUGUAA